AUGGAUGACCUUGCAAACCAAUGGGCCCGACUGUCGCUUAAAGCAAAAGAAAAUAGCACUAUUGAUCUUCCACUCGUAGUAGAAAAUAACAAUCAUGUCCUCAUCGCAAAACUCUUCACUAAACAGAGCGUCAACUUGGAGGCACUCACACGAACCUUGAGGAGUAUGUGGCGGUCUGUGAUGAACUUUGAGGUCCGGGAUCUAGGUUCCAACACGGUGCUUAUUAUUUUCAACAAUGACGCCGACCCUCAGAAGAUAAUAGCGCAGGGACUGUGGACGUUUGACAAGUACUUGAUCGGUUUGUACAAACCAAUGGGUGAGGAGUCGGUGGACGACGCCACCUUUGAUUACACUUCCUUCUGGGUUCAAAUCCAUAACCUUCCACUCCGACAGAUGAACAAGGUGACCGCUGAAGCUAUUGGUAGGACUCUAGGCACCAUUGAGCAAGUUGACAUCUCUACUACAGGGGAGUGCCGAGGUUGCUACCUACGAGUCCGUGUCCAAAUAAACAUUACCCAACCCCUUUGUCGAGGUAGGAUGGUAAACUCUGGGGAGGCUGAACCACAAUGGCUGGCGUUUCAAUACGAAAAGCUACCGAUCUUCUGUUACUGGUGCGGCGUUCUAAACCAUGACGAAAAAGACUGUGCACUCUGGAUUGACAAUGGCGGUACUUUGAAUACUGAAGAUCAGCAGUACGGAGCAUGGCUACGUGCUCCUUUGAAUAACCUCCAACAACCCGAACUAGCAAGCAAGACAACCAUGCCAAAGCCCAACCAACCCCGUGCUCCACCACACCCCCCUCAUCCAAUGCCGUUGACGCACACGACUAGCGCAUCCACAACGGCGGCCAUUGCGGACCCAGUACGACAGUCCAACCAUCCCGAUUCAUCACCUCCCACAAUUCCAGAAACAGCCAUGCAGAAGGCGCCGACAAAUAUGGAGAUCCUGUCAGACCCGAAUCUCUUCCACACAUAUAUUGCGGAAAUUGAUAACGCAAUAAAUAACUUCCUUUAA